AUGAAGUUAGAAUUGUUCCAGAAUGGUUUAAACGUCGUCAAAACCGUUCAGACAAGAAAGUUUGCCUCUAAUGGUAGUGAUGAGGAGUUAUCAAACGAUUUACAGUACUUGAGCGACACAUUGAGCGAGGUUGUAACCAGCAAAUUGACUUCUUUAGAUGAAUACUUGGUUGAAUUGGAAAACCCCAACUUGUUGAGUUGGUCUUCUCCAACUCAUAAGUCGAGUGAAUUUUGGCAGGAAAAUGCAUACAAGUUCAAAGAUUCCAACUACGCUUUGGUUAAAAAAAUCUUGUCCAUUUUGAUGUCUGAUGAUCUGUCGUUGAGCGGCGUAUCUAAAGUGAUUUUAUUGAAUGACUUGCAGUUUUUGAUCAAAAACUUGGGUUCUGAUUUGAUCACUUUCAUCAACUCUGAAAAGAAUGGCCAGUACAAAUUGUUGAUCAUGAACUUUUUGGAAAAUAACGGUGGCAAUAAUGAAUUAAAAUACGAAGCAUUGCGUACUAUCCAAUACUUGGUUGGCCAUGCCUGA